AUGAAGAGGUUUAUUUCAAGUAUGACGGCAGCUCCCCGCCGGUUUGCUCCGCUGAAGCCUGGCGCUGCACCCAACUCAAACGCACCCCGACUGAAGGGCAUUGUCUUUGACGUGGACGGGACAUUAUGUGAGCCCCAAAACUAUAUGUUUAGUGAGAUGCGCCAGGCACUCGGCAUCACCAAAUCCAUCGACAUCCUCGACCACAUCUACGCCCUCCCCACAAAGGAGGCUCAGGAGACGGCCAUGGAAUCCAUCCGCCAGAUUGAGCGUACCGCAAUGGCUUCCCAGGUUGCUCAGCCGGGUCUCACCGAACUCAUGUCCUACCUCGACAGCCGCGGUGUGCGCAAAGGCAUCUGCACCCGCAACUUCGACGCCCCUGUCGCCCAUCUGCUCGGCAAGUUCCUCGAGGGCUCGCUCUUCGAGCCCGUCGUCACACGUGACUUCCGCCCACCCAAACCCGAUCCAGCCGGUAUUCUCCAUAUCGCUCGGACCUGGGGACUGGUCAAGCCGGCAAAGUCAGAGGCAGAUCGGGAGCCUAGAAGCGGAAUUGCACCUGGAGCCGAAGGCCCCCUAGGCGAUGCUAGCGAGUUGAUCAUGGUUGGAGACUCCAUCGACGACAUGACGGCGGGCCGAAGGGCUGGCGCGGCGACGGUGUUGCUUGCCAACGACGUGAAUCUGCAUCUGGCUGACCAUGAGCACACUGAUUUGGUGAUUCAUCGGCUGGACGAGCUGAUCCCCAUUCUCGAAGAGGGGUUCAGUGGCAGAGAGUUGGCGUUUUCAACGUGA